ACCCACCUCCUCCCUCCAGUUCACAUCCACCUCAUACUUUCUCUUGCAACAAGUCAGUAAAAGAUUCCGUUUGGAGAGCGAGAGCGAGAGCUCCGGUGUAAAAUCGAUGGGUCUGGACGUAGGAGAGAUCGGCAUGGGCGCAGAUUUGAGCCUGGAUUUGAAGAUGUUCGCGGCCAAGAGCCUGGGGCGGGUCAGGGAAGCGCCGGCGGCCGCCAUGGACGACUGUAUCCGGAGGCUGGAGGAGGAGAAGAGCAAGAUCGAGGUGUUCCGGCGCGAGCUCCCGCUCUGCGCGCGCCUCCUCGCCGACGUGAUUGAUGUGAUGAAGAAGGAGGUGGAGGAGAAGAAGAGAGGCGGCGAUCGAGGAGAGGACAAGGAGGACGCCGGCGCAGGCGACAAGAGCAACUGGAUGAGCACCGCGCAGCUCUGGACCGGCGAUUCCGUCCGGGGGGACGAUGCUUCCGAGAAGCAGGAUGCGAGGAGGAGGUCGUCGGAGCCGGAAUCUCACGACGGCGCUGCGUUGCCGUUCAAGGCCGUGGGCUCCGGCGCGCCGGCGUUCGCGCCGCCGAGUUUGAGGAAGGAUGACAAGGCUGUGCGGAUGCCGGAUCUGCCGUUUCUGUCCCCGGCACCGAUCAAGACCUCUCCGGCUGCUGCUACCGGCGGCGCUGAAGAAAGCCGCCGCCAGCUUGUGGGAUUCGCGCAAGAAGCGGCGAGGGCUGCAGCCGCCCUGGCACCGGCCGCCCCUUCCCUAGGCCUCCAGGCGCAGUCGCAGCAGACAGCCCAGCAGCAGCAGCAAGCGAGGAAGGCGCGGCGGUGCUGGUCGCCGGAGCUGCACCGCCAGUUCGUCACUGCCCUGCACCAACUCGGUGGUCCCCAAGUUGCUACUCCAAAGCAAAUCAGGGAGCUGAUGAAGGUGGAUGGCCUGACCAAUGAUGAAGUGAAGAGCCAUCUCCAGAAGUACCGUCUACACAACCGAAGGGCGCCAGGAUCUCCGGCAGCCAACCGGCCGAUCGUGCUCAUGGGAGGGCUCUGGAUAACUCAGGACCAAAGCAGCUCCCAGUCAGGAGGGUCACCUCCGGGGCCCCUUCACUUCUCAAGCUCAGGCGUAGCUGCCUCAUCGGUGACGGUCAGCGGCGAGGAGGAAGAUGGCAGAUCCGAGAGCUAUGGCUGGAAAUGAUCAACAAGUUAUAUUAGAGUUUGUUCGGAGUUUCCGGGUCGCGCGAUGACAGUGGUAUCUUGAGAGAUUCCUGAGACAUGAUUGUAGUGUAGUCUUUUUUGUUGUAUGCAGGGAGAUCAAGCCUUGAGUGCUUUGAGAUGAAACUCUUGCUGUUAUUAUGUAAGUACAUCGGGAAGAGGUUAUACUAGUUACAGUUUUGCGGAUAUGUUAAUCUAAAAAGGUUGGGGCAGAGCUACAAUUUUCGCCCAGAGAAUUUACUACCAA